AUGGGGCGCGGCGCGGCGGGCGGCGCGCGGCGCUCCCGGCGGGGCAGCGCGGCCGCGGGCGGGACGCGCCGGGCCCGGGGCAGGAACGCGGGGGGAGCCCCGGCCGGGGCCAAGGCGGGGUCCCCCGGGCCCGGCGCCAUCGAUCUGGGGGCGCAGAGCGGGCGCUGGGCCGCCUUCCAGGAGCGGCACCGGCUGAGCUGCGAGGAGGCGGCGCGGCUGCUGCUGGACGCGUAUGAAUACAGGGGCUUGGUGAAGCACACAGGAGGCUGUCACUGUGGAGCUGUCCGCUUUGAGGUCUGGGCUUCUGCAGAUCUGCACGUGUUUAACUGCAAUUGCAGCAUUUGCACAAAGAAACAGAACAGACACUUCAUUGUGCCAGCGUCGCGUUUCAAGCUGCUGAAGGGUGCUGACAAUUUGACAACAUACACCUUCAACACACACCGUGCCCAGCACACGUUCUGCAAGACCUGUGGUGUUCAGAGCUUUUAUACUCCUCGUUCUAACCCUGAUGGUUAUGGAAUAGCUCCCCACUGUCUGGAUGAUGGCACCGUGCAGACCAUUAUCACAGAGGAUAUCAAUGGCAAGGAAUGGGAGAAAGCAGUGAGGGAACACAAGACCAUCAGAGACAUGUCAAAACCCUGACACAUCCCUCCAGCAGCCCUUGGAGCACUGCCAUGGAACUGCAGUCUGGGGUUUCCUGGGUGAUGGUUGGUGAAAUCAAUCUUUACAUUACUGUUACCUGUUCUCUGUUUCUUAAAUAAAUCUUUCUAUGCUGAUUGUCUCA